UCUCUCUCUCGUUUUCUCAGUGGCGGAAUGUAGCGGAGGACUGAGCACACGCUCGUUCACUCCGUGCUGCAUGAACAGCAGUGGGACAUGGCUCGGAUGCUGCUCAAGCAGGAGAACGGAUUUAUCCUCCCUAUGGAUUUGAUCGCAAACUAAACGCUGACCUUUGUUGGCUUUGCGGUCUUCACCUGCUUGAUUUGUAGCUGCUGAAUUUGUUAUUUUAGUUCCAGCGUGAGGAACAGAUUUGGGUUGCUCUUCCCUUCCAAUACAGAUGGUAUCUGUAGGAGGCUUAGCCCUGGGAGGGGGUACUAGGAAUCGCGGCUGCUUGUCGGAGGGUCUGACUCUAUGGGAUAUGCAGAGCUGAGUCAGCGAGUGCUAACGGGAGCUUAACAGGAGUCACAGAACGAGACAGUGACCAAGCUGGGGAAAAACGACAGGGAAAAAAACGUGAGCCCUUCUGGAAACUGGCGACUACUCUAAGAAACACCUAAGGAACCGUAAAAUUGUGGGAUUGUUUCUGACAGGUCAGAUCGGUGCCUAAUCUAAAAGACAGGAUUUGAGGAGUGGUAACACAAGAGUGUGCUGCUGCACCGGGCUCUGCCAAGCGCCUCCUCGCAGACGCAUCCGCUCUCUGCAUUCCUCCUUUCUCGCUCCACCCCUCCGUCCGGCGUCUCCCCUUUUUUUCCUCUGCCUAUUCCAUUUGUCCUUGGAACCAGAGUCCUUCUCCAAGUCCAUCUACUAUCCUCCAUCACCUGCUUCUGGAACAGGACUAAAAGGAUCGUCCCACGUUGGAUUCUGCCAGCCCUGGUUUUUCGACCUCUGGAAUUCUACCGUGUGUUUGUGUGUGUGUGUGUGUGUGUGAGAGCUCGAGUGUGUGUGUUUGCAUUUGCGGCAUUGAGUGUCUGUGCUUUAAGAAGUGAUGGUUGUAUGUUGUCGGUGAGUAUUUGCAUCUGAGUGUGUUCUGCUGGGAUUUCUUGAUUUUUUUUUUCACCCGAUGUUCAACGCCAUGAUCCAUGCUUGUCUGAUCCUCCUGUGCCUGCUGAGUGCCCGACCCUGGGGUUAACCCUCUCUAAACCCGGGGCAGGAUGAGCGAGACUUCUGGAGCUGUGACCACCUCUGGGGUGGUGAUCCUGGAGGAGCCAGAGGUUGGUGGGGCUUCUGGGGGACGUCAAGGUGGAGAGCGUGCUGGAGCUUUUAGGUGCGCCUUUUGGCCGAGACAGCAGACUUGGCUGUGUGUAGUUCCCCUCCUGAUUGGCUUUGUAGGUCUCGGCCUAAGCCUCAUGCUGCUCAAAUGGAUUGUUGUGGGAUCUGUGCAGGACUAUGUACCCACAGACCUUGUGGAUGCUAAGGGUAUUGGCCAGGAUCCAAUUUUCUUAUCUAAGCCAAGUUCUCUACCCAAGGGCCCAGAUAGCACCACUUCCUCCACCACCACAACCACCAUUAUAUCCUCAACCAUCUCUACUAUUACCACAGCAGUAAGGGGAAAAACCCGAACAGCAGCACCUCCUAAUGCCAACCCCAGGGAUGGAGGUUCCUCUGGCAGCCAAGUGACCCAGAAGACCACUACUACAACAACCUCUGGUGUUGCCUUCCCUGGCCGGACAUCCACCUCAAGCCCAUCUUCAUCCAAACCAACUGUCCUUAAUGACUCAACCCGUGAGCACUCAACCACAGAGAGGCCAGCGAACACUCCAGCUCGGACCCAUGUCAGCCGCAAGACACCGGCCCCGACCCUCCCGCCCUUGAAAUCGGAGCACUUCAAGCCGUGUCAGGAGAAGGACUUGGCCUAUUGCCUCAACGAUGGCGAGUGUUUUGUCAUCGAGACCUUAAGUGGCCCUCACAAGCACUGCAGGUGUAAAGAAGGCUUCCAGGGCAUCCGGUGUGACCAGUUCCUGCCCAAAACAGACUCCAUUCUGUCUGAUCCAACAGAUCAUUUGGGCAUCGAGUUCAUGGAGAGCGAAGAGGUUUACAAGAGGCAAGUGCUGUCAAUCACAUGCAUCGCCAUGGGGAUCAGCUUUCUGGGCACACUCUGCAUGGCUCUGUACUGCCGGAACAAGAGACGCCGGGAAAAGCUCCAGGCACAUCUGAAAGAGAGCCGAGGUCUGAAAAACUACAGCGUCAGCCAACCAUGUAAGACUCACACCGGCCUCCAGCUGCACAGCUAUUGCAAAAGCACAAGAUCUCCACUACAUGGAGGCAUCGUCCAUGAAGCCGGUUUUUCCCAGAAUUCUGUGAUGGCCUCCUCAUAUACGAAGGGUUUAACCACAACCCGACAUCACAGGAGCAGCUCGGUCUCGUGCAACACAGACCCAAAGAACCGGAUGGCCCUUCGUCUAUCAGCACGCAAGACUCCGCCCAUACCUGGAGGGCGACUCAAUCCUAUGACAGGAUUGAAGGAUUCUGGACCUGCCUACCAGCACCUGCAGGAAGCAGAAGGAUUUGAGAGGGAUGGAGAACAAGCAAGAGUGAAUAUGAUGAAGCCUGACGGCACCCUGCACCGGGAUACUUUCCAAUCCUCCCAACCCUCUCAACCGUGGUCGCCCCCCAGGAACCCUUGCUCCAUCUCGCCGGGAAAGAGAUCCCUGGGUCCAUAUCGGAUCCCGAUCAUCCCGUCUGUCCACUCGCAUCAAGACGAGACCUCAUGUAUGCAGACGACUUCCGCGGAUGGUAUGCACCAGAGUUUACCACGUCAAGGGGGUAACGGGGGUAGAGCGGACAACCCGGUAGCCAAUCCUCUCUGUGACAGGGUGGGGGAAAAGUGGAAGGAAGGGGUCCGUGUACCAGAGGAGGCUCGGGAAAAGCUUAAAGUCAACACCAACAUGAAGCAGGACGACAUCGUGUUCUCUAAUCCUCACGUGGCGAAAGAGACGGUUUGUAUUCUUCUUGCCAACGGAGCUGGACACGGAGGCACAGCUCCUAGUGGACCAACAGAAACUCAGUUAGUGUAUCCCAGAGAUAUUCACAAGGACUUUACCCAACCUAGACAAUGAAAGGAUCUUUGUCACACCUUGUGUCUUGAGAACAAGGCUGCAGAGUGUUUCUGCCAAAAAUCAAUGAAUGGGAGUCUACGGAAUACUGCAAACUCUCAGCACUGAUGGUUUGAGAUAGUAAUUCUUUUUUUUCUUUUUUUUGAAAGAGUGACAGUCUAAAAACUCAAAAAAAACUAAAAAAGAUAAAUUAUUUAUAUGCAUUUAUUAAAAUGAGAAACUUAGAAAAAAAAAGAAACCAAAUAGUCUGUCAUCUCUAUGGUGUUUUUAAUUGUAUAAAAUAUAUAUAUAUAGAUAUCUAUAUAUAAAUGGCUAUAAAUAUAUCUGAAUGAAAAUGGUGGUCACCAAGUGCACAAAAAAGACAAGGAAAAUGGGAAUGAUACGAUCUUUUUGUUUAUUUUUUUCGCCUUUUUGUACCACCACUACCGCCGCCACCACAUUGUGCAGUCUUGGUCCAUUUUGUUUCCCGCAUUCUCCCAAACGUUUUAAAAAUUCCGUGUAUUCGCGAGGGCUGCAGCUGAAACGACAUAAUGUUUCCAAGCUUCCCUGCCAAGGAACAUCUCAUUCUGCCUUGGAACUGGUGCACCACUUUUCAACUAUGGACAUGAUUUACUAAGGAACUGAAUUGAAAUUCCGUAACUUGAGGCAGUGGGAAUCUCACCCUUGAACACUGCCCCAAGACUUCACUCGGUUUAUGGAAGUGUAUCCUGUCCAAGUUAUUUUUUUGUACUUUGGUGUUUCUCUCCUUUUUUUUCUUUCUUUUUUUUGUUCUCCUCACUUGUCAAAUGGGGUGUUGGUUUCGAUAGGAACAGCUCGAGUCCUUUCACACACACUUCACCUCAUCCAUCUGGAGCUCAGACUUUGGGCAGAGAAAUGAAGUUCCGACCCCUGAAUGAGGAGCUUCUGUGUUUUUAUUUUAUUUUUUUUCCGUUCGUUUCUGGUGAAUUAUCUGCUGCUUUCUUGGGGAGGGUAAAAAAAAAGGGGAGGGAGCGGUGGCUAAAAAAAAUAAUAAUAAUGAAGAUGUCUGUGUGGUACUUUCGGAUCGGGAUGAAUGCUUUCUGUUUGAAUUUACAACCAAAUGUGGGGAAAAAAUAACAAUGAAUCUU